AUGGGUCUUUUUCUUCUUGACUAUGGUGCCGGAAACGUGCAGAGCCUCGCGAACUCCUUAACGAAACUCGGGCAUUCUUUUCAAUGGAUCUCCUCGCCUACUGAUUUUCAGAAAGCCACUAGCCUCAUUUUUCCCGGAGUCGGAGCCUUUGAGACCGCUGUCGAAAAUCUGACAAAAAAAGGCCUCCUAGAACCUUUGAAAGAGUAUGUGCAAUCUGGAAAACCCUACUUCGGAAUUUGUAUCGGCAUGCAGAUUCUCUUUCAGGCUUCCGAAGAAUCGCCAAAUUUCCAUGGUCUGGGCGUAGUGCCUACUACCAUUGACCGUUUCGACGAUUCUGCUAAGACUGUCCCGCAUAUGGGAUGGAACUCCGCGGACCUCGUACAAAGUUCCGAUGUUGAACCAGCAUUCUACUACUUCGUACAUUCAUACUGCGCAAAAUAUUGUCCCGCAGACCGGCCGGACGCAGCUUCCUGGGCAUAUACCACGACCCAGUAUGGCGGAGAAAUCUUCAUCUCUUCCGUUCGCAGAGGAAAUGUAUUUGGGACCCAGUUUCAUCCAGAGAAAUCCGGAGCUGCUGGUCUUGCAUUGAUCGAUAAUUGGCUGAGGACUCCAGAGGCCGAAAGAUCAGCAUCUAAACCUGAAUCUCUUUGCUCCCCUCCUACGCUGUCUCUCAAACCGAGAGAUAAUCUAUCGAAGCGUAUCAUCGCUUGUAUGGACGUACGGAGUGAUGACGAUGGAAACCUUAUUGUCACGAAAGGAGAUCAAUACGACGUGCGGGAGAAGGUGCCAUCUGGCCAUUCCAUGCGGGUCAAAACUGGUGGUGCAGUGCGCAACCUCGGGAAACCCGUCACUUUGGCAUCAAAAUAUUAUGCAGCGGGAGCAGAUGAGAUUUGUUUAUUGAACAUCACAUCCUUCCGACAUUCUCCUCUACAAGACCAACCAAUGUUGGCUGUAGUCCGAGCGGCUGCGGAGUGCGUCUUUGUCCCUCUCACAAUAGGUGGCGGUAUCAAAGACACUAUAGAUCCAGAUAAGACGAAACGAAGUGCACUCGAAGUUGCUUCAGAAUAUUUUCGAGCCGGUGCGGACAAAGUCAGCAUAGGAUCUGACGCCGUUUAUGCUGCAGAAAAACUACUUGGGAGCGGCCAGAAACACGGUGACGGGACUAGUUCGAUCGAGACAAUAGCUCAUACUUAUGGAAGACAAGCCGUGGUCGUAUCUAUCGAUCCCAGACGAGUCUACGUGGAUCCCACUACAUAUGAUGGUCCCCAUCAAGACGAGUUAAUUCUUGGCUCCCUAGAUUCUGCUUUCGAAUCCGACAGAGGAAGGAGUUGGUGGUACGCCUGUACAGUAUCGGGAGGACGGGAGACCCGGUCGAUUUCUGUCUGUCAACUUGCGCGUGCAGUCGAGACUCUUGGUGCUGGCGAAAUUCUAGUAAACAGCAUUGACCGUGAUGGAACGGGUUUAGGUUUCGACUCAGACCUCUUACGUCUCAUUAAGGGAUGUGUAAAAGUGCCUGUGGUUGCCAGCAGCGGUGCAGGUAGAAAGGAACAUUUUCUCGAUGUUUUCGAGCAAACCGGUGUUGAAGCGGCGCUAGCGGCUGGUAUAUUUCAUCGCGGAGAGGUAGAUAUUGGUGAAGUCAAAGAAUGUUUAGCACAACACGAUAUCAAAGUCAGGACUCAUAUAGCUUGA